GCACCACAACGUAUGUCUGGGCAGCCAGCAGUGGUGCAGGCGUUUGAUGUGGCAGGAUGGUCGGCUCAGGGGUGCUGAGCUUUCCAGCCACGGGCGGGGGGACACAGGCAAUUGCAGCUGCAACAGCUGGGCACCCGGAUCAGAUAUCUCAGCUGGACGGGAGGCUCCAUGAGGGACUCAGCUGGGUGCAGGGCUCAUAAGAGCGGAGGACUGGUCGGAAUGCAACCCUCCCUGACUCAGCAGCAGCGCACAGGCGGGCUCACCCUGCCGGACUCUAGGGGGUCUUUCAGCAGAAGGAAGAGAAAUUCUGUUCUAGUCACCGUUUCACUUCUGAUUGUAUCCAUAUUAAUUCUGACUGUGGGUUUGGCUGCUACAACAAGAACUCAGAAUGUGACUGUUGGUGGUUAUUAUCCUGGGAUUAUUCUUGGUUUUGGAUCAUUUCUGGGAAUAAUUGGAGCAAAUUUAAUAGAAAAUAAAAGACAGAUGCUGGUUGCAUCAAUAGUUUUUAUCAGCUUUGGUGUUAUCGCAGCAUUCUGCUGUGCCAUAGUUGAUGGAGUGUUUGCUGCAAGGCAUAUUGAUGUAAGGCCACUUUAUGCAGGAAGAUGUCAGUAUCACAGCAAAGUGACUUCUUACAUUUCAGAUGACCACUUGUCAGAUGUUAUUUGUCAGGCUUUUCCUCGUGGUCCUUGUUCACUGAAAAUAAAGAGCAACACAUGCUAUUGUUGUGACCUAUACAACUGUGGAAGUCGCAUGGAGAUUUUGGGUGGUUACUAUGAAUAUGUAGAUGUCAGUAGCUGCCAAGAUGUCAUCCAUCUUUACCACUUGCUGUGGUCAGCAACGAUUCUGAAUAUAGUGGGAUUAUUUCUAGGAAUCAUCACAGCUGCAGUCCUUGGAGGCUUUAAAGACAUGAGUCCUACAGCUCCAACAGUCACCUGCCCUACAGAGCCAGCACCCCCACCAGCAACAUACAAUCCGAGACCACAGGUAACAGUCUUCAAUAAUUACUACCACAGUACCCCACAUCUCCCACCAUACUCAGCGUAUGACCUACAGCAUUCUAGUGCUUUUCUGUCAUCCACCCCAUCUGGUCUUUCAGAAGAUCCACAGUCUGUGUCACAAUCUGCUUCAGGCUAUAUGCGGCCAUCACAUGCACCUCCUCGGUAUAGUCCACCUUAUUUCCCACCAAAUGAAAAGCCUCCACCCUAUACACCUUAGUGAAUUUGUGGCACUGAAAGAUGAACACGUAAUGGAAAAGCAUUUUUACUGUGUGAGUUUUGGAAGAAAAGCAGAACUAAGGCCGGAGACUUUUGAAACAAUAUGAAAGUUUACAAAUAUGCACAGAAUGUUUAGCCUCAAGAACCAGUACAUUUGCACAGAUAUGUUUUUUUAUAUAUAUUGUUAGUCACACUGAUGUAUAUGUGGCAUGUUUUGCCAUUGCUUCACUACCCCAGCAUAUAACCAUGGAGAAAACCCAUCUGUUUGCUACGAAGAGAACACUGCAAAUUAGCGGUAUAUUGCUAAAGAAUGUAAGUUAAAUGAGUGAAACUUUAAUCAGAGACAGAGUCCAUUUUUGCCAGUUUAGAUGGUUUAAUUCACAGCUUUGCAAAUCUUUAUGCAAAAACUAUAGAUGCUGUAUUUAUUCUAAUGAGUCUAAUAAUACACUGACAUUUUUUUUUUCAUUUCUACAGUUAGUUCAUAAUUGGGUAUUUUGGCUAGAGAUGAGCAUCAAUUCUGUUUCACAUUUUCAACUGACUCUCCAUCAGUCACAUAUUUAGCAGUAACUGACUGGCCAAGACCUAAACAGGAUCUGCACAGAAAGUAAAGUUAGUCAUGACUGCUAUGUAAUCAGCUGUUCUUGUGUAAGUACAUUCAGUAUUAUGAGACAGUUGUUUCCACAGACAAGUACAGUUGAUGUUAAGCAGUGAGUGUAGGUCAGUAGCUAACCUUCAAAUGCUGCUAACAUUGAUCCUAACAUUACUAACGCAAUUUUUAAAUGAAUGGCUACAUUUACAGUACAAUUUUUUAGAUGAUUCUAGCCACGUAUACAGAGAUUAUCGACGGAUUGAGAGAAAUGAAGUAGCAGUAAGAAAUCAGCUGCACAUUAAUAUCUUGAGUGUGACAUUUUACCUCAGAGGUGUAAAGCAAAACAAGUGCUUUCAUGCAGAGUAAAGAAUCUAUAAGUUAAGUUAACCUGCAAUGCCUAUAAUAAAGUAAUGGACAAAAAAAGUAAGGCAUCGUUAUGUAAAUAUACACAAAAUAUUUCAAGACCUAGUCAAAGUCUGAAGUUAUCAAAAGUAAGUACUUGUCAGGCAGCAGUAUUCAUUAUUUUAACUUUUCUGUCUGUAUGCUAAAAGACGUAGUAGGUAAGGGGUUAAUUUGACUCAUUGCUAGACCAUUAAUAGAAGUAGCAAUACUAUGCUGAAUGUGUUUUUUACUAAGAAAUUGAGCUCCAUAACCAAAGCCUCUCCAGUUUUGCUGAGUUCUGGUAUCUUACUACAUAUAUCUAUGGUAUUACAGAAUGUAAUGCUUUGGGUGACUGCUUACAAAUAGUGUAUCAAAAAAAGCUUUGUAUCACUUUACAGAUUCACAACAAAUACAAACAAAACAUGCAAGAUCAAAAAUACAUAGGAGUAGAGAAUAAAAUAAAGACAACUCUGUACAGUUUGUGACACUAGGUCUUAUAGGUUUUAUAUUAAGUCGAAAUGUCACCCGGAGAGACUUUGUCUAAUAGUAACAGAAAGAAAAGAUAAAGUAACAAUAAAAUCAUGGGGAGAGAGGGAAGGGUGUGGAACUGAAAGGAUAAUUUUCACGUGAGGGGGUAAUGAUAAUGAAAGGUAGCCACACCAGAAAGGAUGAUGCACGAGAAUCACCUUGGAGUCAUUAACCCAUGGACUGAGAGCAGCUCCUAAAACCAAAAGGAGGCCCUCAUGAAGAAGCUGAGCUAUAUAUGCAGCAGCAGAAAAAUAUUUAGACUUGCCUGUCAAAAGAAGCAGGCACUAGACAGGAGAUGGUAUUAAACCAGCUGAGAUCUUUUCACAGAGAAGUUUCACAUUUGAGUUUAUCUGUUUUACUUAUUUAUUACUUUAAAUGAACAGAAUGAUCCAAAAUUGUCCAUUUUAACCUCAACCCCAAGGCAAAGGCAGUAGGUUGCAAUCCAAGGUCUCAGAGUAUACAAUGCACACAGAAUGAAGCUAUAAUACACAGCAUAAAUUAAUAAGAAUUGAUUUGAAACCAUUCAAUAACACAAGACACAUUACAAUUCCACAAAGAUACUGCAUAUAUAUAAUAGGUUUAAAAUGUAUACAAGAGUUAACAUUUAAACUUUUUCAGCAGAGUCUACCUGGUCCAUUUAGUAGUAGUGUUGCUUCAAGGAGGAGGGCAGGCAAUAUAUAAACCUCAUUAAAAACAGCAGCAUUUACCCUUACUCUCAAGCAAAGGAAAAUGGCUUUAUAAAUGUGAUGAGGGUCACAGUUCAUCUGAUUGCAGUUGGAAAGGCAUCACAUGAAAAGACCAAAUAUAGAGAAGGGAUUGUCCCCUCUCAAGAUUAUUCAUUGGAGAUCAGAGUAUGAAUGCAACCUUUUGGAUGGACCUAAGGUCCUAGUUGGUCUCCCUAUAUUGCAUGUCUGAAGGAGGAACUAGUCCGGCAACUGCAGUUUGACAAUUAAAGACAUGAUGAUCAUAAUGUAAGAUCAGUCUUUUAUCAGAAAGCAAAGGGGCCUUCUAAAGGGAUGCAGUAAUGUUUGAGGGAUAUGGUCAGCAGAGUAAACUGCACUUGUUUUUCAAUAAUCCCCUGAAGGAGGAGACUAUUAUUAUUACUGGAAACAUAUGAAAUAAACUGGGGAUCAUACUGUAAAAUAUGGACUCUCUCCUCAACAGUUGCACAUGCCCCUGAACAGAUAAAUAUAGUUAGCCUGUAGCAAAGUCACAGCUUGGCUAUGAUGCUCAAUAAAGGAAAGGGCCUGAUGUAGCCAAUUCUCAAAGUAUUUGAAAUGGUGGGGGGGUGCUCUGAUUGGUCACACUUUUCAAGCCACAGACCUCCAAUGUCAGGGCUACAUUUUUAAUCCAUUAGUCCCAAAGAGUACAGACUGUAUCCUUGUCAUGUUUAUAGUGAGGCAUUUACAUAUGAACCAUUGCUGCAAAUUAGUAAGCUUAUUUUUUAGGAGGUUCUGUAUAAAAUCAGGGGAUACACAUGACCUAAAAGUCACAAUUUCAUCAACACAGAAAACAAAAAGAAGCCUGGGUAGGUCAACUGAAUGGUGACUAGCAGAAAGUAAGACUACAAAACAGAACUGUGUGGAACACCAGAUAAAAAAAUAGGCAGUUAGAAUGGUAUGACCACCAACUUUCACAACAGAUAAUCCAGUAUACAGAGGCUAAAGCCAGGUGCAAGACAGAUUAUGGGCAAAGGUGUGCAGCAGAAGAAUGUGAUCCAGUGAACCAGCACUCCGAGUCAAAGCCACAAACGCUGCCCCAGUGAUUAUCCUCCCCAUCCCUCACUGUAAGCAUAUUAUUCAUGAAGAGCCACAAAGCGGUCAUUAUGUUGCGUCCAGCUCUAAAGCCGCACCUUUGACAUUUGUGAAAAUGUUUCAGUUACUUCACUCUCCAUUUGACUACAGUAGAGAGUCGAUUAGCGAAAUGAAUUGGAACCUAGGGCAGUUCGGAUAAUCAAACAUAUAAUUGAACCAGCUAAAAAACUUCUAAAAUCUUUUUUUCUGCAAUCAGGAAUACACUUUUCAACCAUUUAGUGACCCCAGUGGACAAUAAAGAAUAUUUUUCACACACAAGCUGUCUACAAGCUCAAAAAAACAUGCUUGAGCGAAUAUGUAUAAUGUUUACAUUUUCAGACUCUGAUUUUUCCAACCCGAAGACUUUGGAAGGCUGGUUCUGAUAAUUGACUUUGCAGAUAAUCAACUCUCUGCUGUAUAAAACUUUGAAAUGGAAUGCAUUAACAAAGUGUAUUGUACUGUUUAUGAUGUUAAAUUAAAAGAAUCAGUUCACUGAGGACAACUGCAA